AUGGCGCAAGAGACAGCACCCGCAGACGCGCUUGCGCUCGACGACAUCGAAGAGCUCCAGCAGUUCCGCCGCUCACCCCACCCGUAUUUGCGUCACAGAGACGAGAUACGGAGACAGUCGCCAGAUCCGGCGCAUGACGCUCCUCCGCACUCGCAAUCGCAAUCGCGAACCCCGCCUCGGCCUUUGGACAAUACCAUGCAUGACAACGACGGCAGGACACGUAGGAAAACGGCAUCACAGUCACCAAGCGAAAGCGGCACCGAGGCUGACGACGAGGGCUGUAGCCUUAUCAAGGCACUACCUGCUCCUCCCCUACGACCGCACAAGGGCCUUCGUGAUUCGCGGUCAUUAGGAACAGAGGAAUGGGCGAGUCCCCUUCUCACUCCCACACAAAUCGACGACGAGGGGAGAAAGCUCUCCGAGGGCUACUUCACCCGCACCAGCAAGACGAGGCGCAAGGGAGAUGUAUACCAUAGUGACGACGAAGCGAGGGCAGCCAGGCAAAAAUAUCUCCAACGGCGGCGCAACGAGCUGGUCAGGAGAACGACCGAGACUGCGUUGCUCGCAGGCAUUGCCGUCCUCGCCGUCCGCGGUUGCGACUGCUGGGGCAAGCUGCUGGCAUGGCAUAGAGUAGAGUUGUUGACGCAUGUUGCAGUCAUGGCUAGCGUUUUGGGGCUAUAUCCGCUUCGGCUUCUGUACUACUCAUGGAGAAAUCACUCUCAACUCCGGCUUGGCCGUCAAAUACAUCUACCAGCCGCCUUCGAUCCAGCCACUAUACUCUACCCCCCAAUAUUGCCCGUCCUGAUUGCGAUAUCACUGUUUGCCUCAUCGUCAAAGCCCCUUCUACCCAACAUGUUGCUUGGACUAGCCGCUUUACCAGCCAGACUUGUUCCAUUCAGGAGCGCUACCUUGGGCUAUUCUCCUCUGCAUUGGCUGGUGUCCAUCAUGCCCCUGAUCGCUGCCGAGAACACCGAUAUACCCUCUCGGUUGUUUGCACAGACACCAUACAAACUCAAGUUACCCCCGCCUAACCAAGGUCUAGACCCAGAACUUCUGGUGACGUUGUUUCCCCUGCAUCAGGCGCUACUACCGCCGCUGUACUAUCUCACCACGACGAGCCUCCUACCAGCAGAAUUGCAUCUGCUUUCCAUUGGGCUCAUCAACCUUCUGUUGUUCUCGGAUACCCCUCAAGCAACCAUACUCACCGUCUUGUUGUGGCUGGGCGGGUUGGGUGUUUUCUUGCUUUGCGGCAAGAUCCUGAAGUGGGGCGUAGCGCUUGCACGCAUUCCACGAUGGAGGCUUCGACAUGCUGGUCAAGUCAUCCGAGCUCGACAGAAUUUCUUGCAGGUCCUGAACCACAGCCUGCGGUCCAAGCGCGGUGGGAGUGGUUCUGUGAGAAACGUGAGUGACAGUGAUGCGGACGAAGAAGAACCUACAUUCGAAAAUCCUCUUCACAAGACCAAGAGCCUGAAAGUCAACAUUCUAGAUUCUGUGAAACACAGCAGACUUUACAUGAAUGGCGACGAGCCGCGAUCUGCUGCUGAAGCGACAAACACGAGCUUCCAGCAGCCGAAUGCUGGCGAAGAAGCCACUCAUAGCAGUGGACGUAAGCGUAGGAAUACCCUUCCAGUCCUCACUGCUGAAGACCACGAGUCAAAACAUCGAUAUUCGAACCGAAGGCGAUCGAGAUCAAUUGUGCAGUCUUACCUGUCACUCACGCCUACCGAAGCCACCACGAGGAAAUGGCUGUACGCGGGAUACUUCUAUGUGAUUGUAGUCGCUUUGAUACUUGGACCAAUCCGGUAUAGUAUCGGCGAACAUGCUCUUCACCACCACGAACCGUUUGGAUGGGCCAUCGGUUACCUUUUUGGCAAUGUACCGCGCGUGCGAUGGGAAGUAUUCCAGUGGAACUUGGACUGGUGGGUCCCUCUGCCAUCGAGACUGGACCCUGACGACAUGCUCGAGUCCGCACAGCAUCUGUCACCUGCGGAAUAUGUCCGUUGCUUAGUGCUGGGCGAAGCAAACACGCGUCUCUUGCUGAGUCUGUACUGUGCUGGAACCAUCUUUGCUGGUCUCAUUGCAGUCUUCUCGCUUUCCGCAGUUGUAGAAGUCGACACACGCAGAAAGGUGUUCCAUGGCACCAUGGUCGCGAUGCUUCUUCCGACCAUCUUCAUCGACCCAUGUUUUGUCGCGCUGGCCCUUGCGCUGGUGCUUGCGAUAUUUCUCCUUCUGGAUCUGAUUCGCGCCUCGCAGCUGCCGCCGCUGUCCAAGCCCAUUGCCAGGUUCCUCACACCGUAUGUGGACGGUCGCGAUCUCCGGGGCCCAGUGGUAGUGUCGCACAUCUUCCUCUUGAUUGGAUGCGCAAUACCACUUUGGCUAUCGCUCGCAGGUGUAGACCGAGAUGGCGACGAGCCCUGGCAAGGCUGGGAGGUCAAAGAUAGGGACGUGAGUAUGGUGGCAGGGGUGGUAUGUGUAGGCAUGGGCGAUGCCGCGGCAUCUCUCAUCGGCCGCCGCUACGGACGGCGGAAAUGGCCGUGGGCAGGCGGAAAGUCACUUGAGGGCUCCUUAGCGUUUGCAGUUGCAGUGUCGGUUGGGCUCGUGGUGAGUAGAGUCUGGCUUCACGUUGGAUGGGAUAGUGGUCAGGCAGGGCAGAAGACGACGGGCGAGUGGGUCCAGGACGCAUUGCUCACGGCGGGUAAGGCGGGUCUAUGCGCGACGGGCGCAAGCCUCAACGAGGCGGUGCUCACAGGCGGGAACGACAAUGUGAUAGUGCCAGUCAUACUAUGGGCUCUUGUGAGGGGUGUCAGGCUGUAG